AAGAUUUUGCCGAUGAAGAGGGCGGCGGUGAAGAGAUCGCCGACGAUAUCGACAAUGAAUACGAAGACAUGGAUGAGUCGGACGACUGUUCCGGUGAUUCCGAGAACGAGAAUAAAGAUAAUGAAGAAGAGAAUGAAGACAAAGAGCGACAACAGGGAGACGGAGAGGAGAGCGUUGACUCGCAAUCAGUACUAAAGGACAAAAACGUGGAUCAGGACGAAGACAAACGCAACCCACAGUACAUCCCGAAAAGGGGUCCCUUCUAUGAACACGACGAUCGUAUGGGAGGCGAGAUUAUGGCCGCACAGGAGGCGGCCUCUGAAGUGGUGGUCGAAGAGACGACUGUCAAAGAACAGCCGACGGCACCGGAGGACACGCCAAAGAAACCGAUCGUAAUCGCGAAGAAUGAGAAGGAGGCGGACAUGAGUGUCAAGAAACCCAAGAAGAAGAUAUGGGUUGAGAGCGAGCGUUGGGGUCACGACCUCUUCAAAGAGGACGAACAGACGCCCAAAUCGAAGGACGAAUUGGUCAACAUUUAUGGCUACGAUAUUCGCAAUGAAGACAACGCGCCGAAGGCUCGCCGCCAACGCAAGUACGGCAGGGGUCCCAACAAAUACGACCGCAAAUGGCAGGACGAGAACGCUUACAGUCGUGGCGGUAGAGCUUCGCCACCCAUUGGUGAC